GUGUAGGCUCUGUAGAUGAGAUCCAUUCAGGUUUUAGUUCAGAAUCAAUAAACACAAAAUAUUUUUCUUGUGAUAGACAUGGAAUUAAAAUUAUUUCGUUUAUAGAUAAGUUGUGCUGAAGUGGUUGUUGCCUCAGAUUAAUACGCGAUGCCCCGUGUUUGCUUCGUUCCCGGGUGUCGCACCCACAAGGCCUAUUACGAGCGUGGUGUAGCAAUGUUUUCCUAUCCGCGUGGUAAUCCGGAAUUAUUGCUUGCCUGGAAUAGGGCUUGCUCCCGAGAAUCAACAUUUAAACCGCCGCGAUAUGCUUGCAUAUGUGAGAAACAUUUCGACCCGGCUGAAAUUCAAGGCAAAACGGUAGGACGUGCAACAUUACAGCAGGGAGCUGUCCCAUCACGAUUCCUAGACGGCUGGAGACCUCAGCAAUUGCACACAUCGCCUGUAGAUUCUAGUGACUCCCUCCAAAACAGCGAUAGUAGUUCGAUGGAAACAGUGGACAAAAUCGCUGCAAGUAACAAACUUAAGUAUUGUCCAGUUGAAAAAGUAUUCCUGAAAAGCAAUAGCGAUUCAACAAUGAUCUCCGAGGUAGUAUCACUAGCGCCGAGUAUGUUCUGUCGCAUGUGUGGAUUCAAACUUGAGCAAGAGAAUACAUUCAACCUGCGGGACUUCCCGGAUGAAAAGUGUAUGCCGUCACUAUUGAGUUUAUGUUUAAUACAUGAUGAAAUAUACCAAACAAUGGAGAAAAUUUGUUUGCAAUGCUACCAAGAAGUGAAUUCAUUCGUAGAAUUCAUUAAAAAUUGUCACGUCGGGCAACGCAGGAUGCUAGAACAGUACUUCGAGGCUACAACCCCAGAAAUGCAUGAUUCGGGUGAACUCCCCAAUAUUCAACUACCUGCGGAAGAUGAAUGCGAUGGAGAGUUAUCGGACACCGAGCGAAACGAAACCUACCAAAUGGACGAUGAAAGUUUGGAUAGCUACAUAGACAGCUUAAUCGUGAAGCUUAAAACAGAGAAACGAACCUCGACACUCCCACGGGAUUGGGAAUGUCUGGAUUGCAGGAAAAUGUUUCAGCAUCGAAAUCAUUUGGCAGUGCAUCGACGGACGUGUCCCCUAGUAGGCAGUGAAAAGUCCAAACGGUACGGCCCUUUCACGUGCCAGCUAUGUGACAAAGUAUCCAAAACGCUUCCUGGACAUAGGUAUCAUUUGCUAAAAAUGCACGAUCGUGACAAAAUUCAAGCUACAGGAUGUGGCAAAGAUAACCAAACAAUGGUUCAUGAAUCGGAUGAAAACUACCCGAACGAACUACGUGCACUUAAGUCUAGAAAGACGGUCGUUUGUCCAAUUUGCACUGACACGUUUCGAACUUCUGGUGAACUACGUUACCACCUACCAAGUCACAAGAGUACACACAGAGAAAAAUCUCGAACGAUGGAGCAACCUGCUGCGGACGGAGUGAAGGACACUGUUCCGAAAAGAUACAUGUGCAGUGUCUGCGGUAAAAUGGAACGAAGUAAUGCGGGGCUGGAGUUACAUAUGAAGUUUCACUUGAAGCAAAAGGAUUGGGCAUGUGAACAAUGCGAUAAGCAGUACUACACAAAGGCUGACCUGAGACAGCACGUACUGACUGUCCACGAGAAGUUGACCUAUACCUGCGGAGAAUGUGAGAUGGUUCUGAACUCCCGAGCAACCUACACUCGGCACCGACGUUUGCAUGAUGAAUCACAACUGAAGAAGUGUAAUUUUUGCACGAAAAAAUUCACCACUACCAAUGCACUGAAAAGGCACGUUGAAAAAAGACAUCUCGGCCAGACGCGACCCCGGCUGCAUAGUGUUGUGAUGCCAGUGGAGGAGUUGAUAUGGGAGGAAAUAGGGGAAGUAGAGGGUCUUAUUGUCGAAGAAAUUGAACAAAUGGAAGGCGAGCAGCAAGCUUCAGAAGGAGAUAAAGACGAACAGCUUGUUCUUGCUGACGAGGACAUCUUUGGCAGUGAUUUGUAAUAUAGUUCUUUGUAAUAAAUUAUAAUAUAAUUGGGAAUCAGCA